GCGAAGUCACGCGGGGACGCUGCUGCUUCAGCGAAAGGAUGACCUGUGGAAGGAAUUGGAGGGUUUUUCAUCAUGCGAGUUUCAUACUGUCGGCUUGUUGAAUAGGUUCGGGUUAGAAUUUGACUAUCGGUUCAUAAUAGCUACGUUUUAUGAUGAGACACACGAGUCUGACUGAAGAGUCGAGUGCGCGACAACUGGAGUGAAGUCCCGCUGGCGGCGUCUCACGCAAACCACUCGUUAUGAAGCUUCUGUGGCAUCGUGCUGCAAUGGUGGUCCUAGUCGCGCUGGCUUGCGGGAAUGGGUCGGACGCGCAGCUGCACGCGUCGCCGUUCAACAAGCAGCUCUUAAAUAACGACUGUCAUUCAGACUGUACGGCGCGUGGCAACUGCAAUGGCGCGACGGGGCGCUGUGAGUGCCCGUUCGGGCUCACCGGCCAGGCUUGCGAGCGCCGACUUCUACCUGCGUGCCACACGACAGCGGCAGCGGUCACUGGCUCUCGACCCCUGUACGGGACCUGGUCACUCAAGAACUGCAACUGCUUCCGGCAGCUUGCACGGAUCGGCUGCCCGCCCGAGCUCAGGGGCGAGUGCCUGUACCCGGCGCUGCAAGGCGGCCCCGCCGUGGCAUGCUUUGAAAUCGAGGGGGCUGCGGAGGAGGAGCAGACGUCAGACGUGCCACCUGAAGGCUUCGCACACCCCUCGCUUGCCUGGUACUGGGGCCAGCCGCUGCUGGGGCGGGCGGCCAUGAAUCGCACGGCGCCCCCGCGCAGCCACCUGCUUCCCAACGGACUGUACCAGCUGCCGCUCAGCGCAUGCCCGCAGAGGUGUCACGAGCGGGGCAUAUGCGCUGCGGAGCAGCCCCUGAAGGCAGCUGCCGGGCGUGAGGCCGGCGACAGAGCCACGCUGGGGGCGGAGCUAGGCGCGGACGGUGUGGCCACGGGCGGCCGUUGCAUCUGCGCCGCCUCCUACACCGGCACGGCCUGCGACCUGGCCGUUCAGGAGGACUGCUACGGAUCGUGCAAUGGUGGUACCUGCAUCCAGGGCUUCUGCCACUGCCCCCCUGGUCGUUGGGGCCUAGCCUGCACAAACACCGAGCGAUGGAACAGCAGCGAAGGCUGGCUGCCGUCCGUGGCUGGUCCCCGCAUCUACGUCUACAGCUUGCCGCAAGAGGUUGUGCACCGCGUCACCAACGACGGAGACACAACGCGAGACGGCAUGUACCGUGGAGAGGAACUGUUCCUCCAGGAGCUCUUUGCGGCGGCGGCAACCGCCGCCGUCAAGCCCCGCGACCUUUCAUCAGCAGCCAAGGCCUUACUGUCUUCAUCGACCUCACAAGCAGCGGCGAGCCCCGCACACACAGAAGUGCAGACCAGGGCUGCAGACCAGAGGAAAGAGAAGGGGAAAGGGGCGGAGGCCGUAACAGCGCAUCCGAGGUGGCCGGGGGAUGAGGGCAAGGAGAAGGUGGAGGGGCAGAGCCGUCCGCCCAAGCGCAAGCCGAGGCAGCAGCAAGAGUUUAGUGGGACUUCUCCACCCCGCACACACGGCCGCCACGCACAUGGACACCACCACCGCCGCGCUGCUGGUCAUCAGGACGGGCACAGCCAUCACCGGGCUCGCAGGAUGGCAGACACAAACGAACACCGCCCCGCAGGCAGUAGCAGCGAUAGCAGCAGUAGCAGCAGCAGCAGUAGCAGUAGUGGCGGCCUGCUGGCGGCGGAGGCGGUGCUGACGCAAAACCCCUGGGAGGCCAACCUGUUCGUUGUGCCCACAUGGUCCAUCUGGUACUCGGGCAACGUGGCGUCGCCCGCGGCGGUCCUCCGGCACGUCAUUGCGCACCUGAAGGCGGCGUACCCCUUCUGGGAUGCCAUGGGCGGCGGACGCAACCACGUGUUCUGGGCCUCCAACGAUCGUGGCGUGUGCGACUGGCAAGAGCUGGAACCUGACCUGCGCACCCCAAUCAUGGUCACGCACUUCGGCCAGGCGCCGCGCGUGCCGCCCUUCCACAUCCUGUCAGUGCUGGGCGACAGCAGCUGGCGGAACGUGCUGCGGGGGCACUUGCAGAGUGCGCUGCAGAGGGAGAAAGUGCCGGUGGCCAAGGGCUUCCAGCCCAACACCCACGCCGACGUCCAAGCUGAGUACGCACCCUGUUACAGGCCGGAAAAGGACGUCUUGGCGCCGGCGGUGGUGCCGGAAUGGGUCAUGCCGUACUCGGACGCGGUGUACGGGCCCCGGCACGACGCCUUCAACCACCCCGCCCCGCACACGGCUGCUGGGGACGGAACGGAAGCGGGCGUCUCUCCUGGCGGAGCGGCGGGCGGUGGCACUGCUGCCGGCCGUGGCGCUAGGAAUGGCGGAAGCAGCAGCAGCAGCAGUAGCAGCAGUAGUGGCAGUGGCAGUAGCAGUGGCGGUGGUGGCAUCAAGGGCGGGCGGCUGCUGGCCGGCAGUCGCAGCACUACUCCGCCUCCUGGGGAGCUGCCGGAGCGCAACAUCACGCUGUUCUUCUCAGGCGGCAUCAGGCCUGAGCAGCUGUACUACAGUCAGGGUGUACGGCAGGCCGUCAUGCGCAUGGCCGCCGGCGGCGGCGGCGGUGGCGGUGGUGGUGGUGGUGGCGGUGGUGGUGGCGGAGGUGGCAAGGAUGGCGCCGCUGGAGGCAGCGUGGGCGACGCCGGCGCGGCCGAGGCAUCAGACGACUUCCGGGCCUGGAACCGGCCCGACUUUGUUCUCUCCAUCGCGGGCCGCCACAGCCAGACGCUCAUGGCGUCCUCGCGCUUCUGCCUGGCGCCCAGCGGCUGGGGCUGGGGCGUACGGCUGCUGGAGGCCGUGGCGUGUGGCUGCGUGCCGGUGGUGGUGCAGGACCAGGUCUACCAGCCGCUGUGGGACGUGGUGCCCUACGACGAGUUCGCGGUGGUGCUGCCGCGGUCGCAGCUGCACCGCCUGCCGCAGCUGCUGGACGCGGUGGGGCCCGGCCAGCUGGCGGCGCUGCAGGCGGGGCUGGCCAGGUGGCACAGGGCCUUCUUGUAUCGGCACCACAGCCCCUCUGGCCUGGCCUUUAAUUACACGUUGGCGGCGCUGCGGCGGCGGUUGGUCAACCUCAACAGCGCCCACUACCGCCGCAGCCACCGCCGCCACCGCAACCUAUGAGCCGCCUGCGGAGGUCGCCGGGGCGCCGCAUGUGAUUGAAAAGCAAGCAACGGUAGAGGGGCAUGCGGGUAGCUGGAAGGAGGCGGUGGAGUGUUCCGCAGCAUUGCAGAGCCGAAUCGAUGCAUGAAACGGUUUCACCGAGAGCGAAGUGGACGAAGGACGGUUGGGCAGGAUCGGACGAGAGAAGAGUUGCGCCGUGUGUCGGCAAGGCGUGCAGCCCAUGCGGCUGACAAUUUGCAUGCAGCCGGAAAUGGUGGGCGUGGAACAGGGCAUGGAGGCAGUGGCGGGGCAGCAGGAGACAGCGCGUCUCGUGGCUGCAGCAGCACUUUGCCCGGUUAAGGCCGGGAGCGGCGUUUGCACUUAACCGCCGUAACCCGACUUGGAAGUCUUUUGCUGCAAUGUCCGCGCGCUGACGGGUAUAAAAGAGGUUAUGAGUAACUUAAGCCCGUGCUCGCACUAAUUUUCCCGCGUUUUGGUAUUGGCCUACGUGUCGAGUAAUUUGCGCGAUCGUUCUGGUUGCCCAGUAACAGCUGCUGGAGGUCGAUGAAGCUGAUAUUACAUAUAUAAUACAUACUCGUAGCUCAUGCACACUGUAAGUGCGUGACGUG